GUUUUGAAAGCUCGGUAGCCAUAUUUACAAUGGUGGACAACUGAACUAUUUGAAAUACCAUUGUGUGUGUUUGUUCAUUUUUACCUCCUUUAUGAACGUUGCUUAACCAGUAUCAUUGACGUGCUUAAAGAAGAUGGGGUAAAAAUCCUCUAAUGUAGACAAAUUAUGCAAUCAUCUUGUGUUCAAGUAUAGAUAUUGCUGCCUUAUGUUUGAACACACUGCAUUUGAGAUGGUCAAUCUCAAGAAAAAUGUAGUCAACACCUUAAAAACCAACCAAUUUUAAAAUUCUUUAAUCGACAUGGUUAAAGACAGUGAGAAAGACAGACUUUCAGACCCCACCUAUGCAAAGUGGUUGUUAGAUGCCAUCAAUAAAGUUAAACAUCAGAAGCAGAGGCCAAAUUUUACAAGGAUAUGUAAUGCUGUGCGACAGUUUCAUCAAGUAAGUCAAGAAUCCAUUGCUGAACAGCUUGAGCUUACUGUGCAAGAUGGAUUGAUAUUAAAGGUUGCCAGUAAAGACGGAAAUUGGACAUACCGCGACCCCUCUGGGGUGACUCCAUGCAAAAAUAGGAGUUUAAAGGUCACUCUCAACAUGGAUCUAACAAAGAUAAUUGUGAAAACAAUUAAAGAGCUUGCAGAUCCACAAGGUUCGAAUCUGAAGAAGAUAAAAAGUUACAUCAUCUCGACCUAUAAUCUGGAUGUGGAGGAGGGAGUAGAGUUGGGAGAACAGCUGAAAGUGUCCCUGAAGAAAGGUGUGGCCAGUGGACACCUGGUCAGGGAUGGACACUGUAUCAAGGUGGGGAACAAAGGGCUGGACGAGUCCACGGCCAGCUCCAGUAAUUCGGGCUCCUACGACGAAGACUCGGCCAGUGACCUGUCAUUUUGCUUUGAACAGAAAACAAAAUGUGCCAAACCUGUUCUGAUCUGCUGCUUCUGCCUUGGAGAUGAAAACAAGAACAGAGACGGUGUCCCCGAGGACCUGAUCUCGUGCGCUGAGUGUGGUAACAGCGGGCACCCCUCUUGUCUUAAGUUUUCACCAGAGCUAACAGAGACAGUUAAAAAGCUUCGUUGGCAGUGCAUUGACUGUAAAACCUGCUCAUUUUGCCAGAAAUCGGGUAGAGAGGACAAUAUGUUGUUUUGUGACCUGUGUGACAGAGGCUUUCACAUGGAGUGCUGUGAUCCACCCCUUAGCAAAGCUCCAAAAGGUAAAUGGAAAUGCAACAUCUGUGACCCCGACCGAGGGAAUGGGAAAGGGAGGCAUUUCUUGGAAAUGGCAGCAAAGUUAGCAAAGAAACAGAAACCAAACAAAAGUCACCACAAAGACAAGAACGAUGCUGCCAAGUGCCCCACCCCUGGUUGUGAUGGUACAGGAAAUGUGAACAGCAAGUCAGCCUACCACAGAACACAACUAGCAUGUCCCAAAUUGACAGCCCAACAGAGAAAAAUAUGCAGAAUACAGAAAAAAUACAGAAACAAUAAAAAUGGGGAUGUGUCCGAGUCUGAUGAAGAGACUGGUAAUGUUCACAAGUCUAAUAGCAGGCCAACUAAAGAGCACCCCUCCUCUGCUGAUGGGUCCAAUGAUUCUUCAGACGAGGAUGUGAGCCACACCUUUGAGCCAUUUUUCAACAUCGAUAAGCCGAAAGGUUUAGUCGAUGGUCUCUCCAAAUUUUUUACCCCAACCAACAAACGCACCUCUCGUGUUUCUCUAAAUUCCUAUAACGCAGAUUUGGCCGCCAUUCCUAAACACAAAAAGAUGAAUGACCAGACCAAAAGUAAUUCUCAGCAGGCUGCGAACCGUCUGAUUAAGCGGUCCAAGUACUUGCAGGCCAAUAAAGCCCGCAGAAAGUGUUUAGAGCCACCAGGUAGUGGUCAGUUGAAGGGAUUGUUUGACGGCCUGUCACAUCUGUACACUGCUCAGGGAGAUCGCACCAAGUCUCACGAACAGUUGAAUCAAGAUGCAAGCAAGAAAAACUCUAAAUAUGAUUUUAUUCCUGUUAUUGAUGAAACAAUGUUUACAUCUGUGAAGGACAAAUUGGCAGAGAGUGACGAUUCCUCAAUUUCUUCAUCAUCUGCAGGUUCAUCUUCAGAGACUUCGUCAGAGGAUGAGCAAGAAAAUUCUUUUGCCACACCGUCCAUGAGCAAUUCAAACAGCUUUUUAACUGGGAAACAUAAGGGUUUUGUAAAGAGGAGGGGUGCAGGUAGAGGCAAGAAACCUCUCUCUGAAAGACAAGUGGGGGUGGGAAAAGUUGUUAAAAGAGGCUUUGGAAGGGGUCCUGGUCGGCCUCCUUGGAAGCAUCUUAUUGGGUCAGUUUAUUUGGGGAGGGAGAGGGUAAUUGACAAGAACGGUUUAACCAAUCAUAAGUUCAACAAAGGACAUGGCUUAAAAGGGGGGAAGGGUUUCAGUCACGGAACUGUUAGUGAAAAAAAUGGAUCAAUUAAGAACUUCUUCAGUCCUAAAAGUGCCUCUACACCAUCCCCAAGAGGACGAGGGCGGGGAGCUGUGUCUCAUAAAAACUCUCUGGCUGACAGGUCGGCCCACACAACGCCCAAAGGCAGAGGACGUGGUGCAGUCGCUGGAAAGCGCCCUUCGAGUGUCAGUUCACACUCAUCGGACAACUCGGACGAUGAGGAGGAAGAGGAGGAGGCGGUGGACCUGUCCUCGGGGCUGCCCCCGGGGGUCAGUGAUGAGGACCUUCUGCUAUUCAAACAGGCCCAGGAGAAGGCCCAGGAAGCUCUUCUGGAGUUGGAAUUUGAUUUACAGGAUGCAGCCAGACAAAAUGGGGAGCCAGAGGUUGCUGCAGCCACGCCAGUGCCCCUCCCCGCAGUCCCUGGGGGGCCGGGCAGGUUUCCCCCAUGCAUUGAAUUUGGGAAAUAUGAAAUUCAGACUUGGUAUUCCUCCCCAUACCCACAGGAGUACGCCAAGCUUCCUAAGCUCUAUAUCUGUGAAUAUUGUCUGAAGUACAUGAAAAGCCGUAACAUUCUGCAGCGACACAUGGAGAAGUGUGACUUGUUGCGGCCCCCAGCCAAUGAGAUUUACAGGAAAGAUGACCUGUCUGUGUUUGAGGUGGAUGGAAACGCCAGCAAGAUCUACUGCCAGAAUCUAUGUCUGCUAGCCAAGCUGUUCUUGGAUCACAAAACACUUUACUAUGAUGUUGAACCAUUCCUGUUCUAUGUAUUAACUUUGAAUGAUGAGUAUGGAAGUCAUCUUGUAGGGUAUUUUUCAAAGGAAAAACACUGCCAGCAAAAGUACAACGUAUCAUGUAUCAUGACAAUGCCUCAAUACCAAAGGAAAGGAUAUGGGCGAUUCCUGAUCGACUUCAGUUAUAUGUUGUCUCGAGUAGAAGGACAUCCAGGCUCCCCAGAGAAGCCCCUCUCUGACCUGGGGAAGGUCAGUUACCUGGCCUACUGGAAGAGCGUCAUCAUAGAAUACCUCCACAAGUACCAAGACUCGCGCAUCACUAUCAAAGGGAUGAGUCGUGCCACUGGAAUGUGUCCCCAUGACAUUGCCCACUCACUGGAAAUGUUGAACAUGGUGGCUCAGAAAGAUGACAAGAUUGUGAUUGCUGUGAACAAAGAGUUGGUCAAAGUACACAUGGAAAAAUUAGAAGCCAAAAAGCACCUGCGCAUUGACUUGGACCAAGAUUGUCUUCGCUGGACCCCGCUGAUUUCCAAUUAUGUAAUCAGCGAGGAGGAGAGGAAGGCUGAAACAGAGUUGCGAGAAAUGACCCAGAUGGUCAACAGAAUAGCAGAAGACAUGGAGUGGAUUGAAACAGUCAGUCCAACAGUUAGUCCACAGAAAGGUCGCCUCUUUUUGGAUGUACGCAGUCCCAAACUCAUGGAUGCAUUAGCCAGUCCAACAAAACUUGCAGCAGAGGCCAAAAAUUCAACAAGUCCCUUUAAAACAGAGGAGAAUCAGGUGAAGACUCCUUUGAAAGAGGAAAUGGAUGACUCUUCUGAAUCUGAGAUGGAGGAAAACCAUGUCAAGUCAAAGAAAGAAUCUCCUAAAAAAGAGGAAAAGGCAAACCAUCCCAAAAGAAAGGUUGGACGUCCUCCAGGUAAAAGAAAGCACCUAGACACUGACUUAGAUCCUCAGGAAUCCAAAAAGAAGCGGCUGGAGAAAGAAUCACAAGACAAUGACCCGGUGGAUCAUAGUGGUAAGGAAAACGAUGAACAAAAUGAAAAGGAGGUCAGUGAAGUGAAGAGAGAUGAGGAAGUGCCUAAAGCAAAGGGUCGCAGGGGCUGGCCUAAAGGCGUACCCAGGGGCUCUCCUGUUGUGUCCUCACCUCAGAAGAAGAAAGGAAGACCACCCAAGAAUUCAUACAGAACUUUGAUGGAGUCCAAGAAGGAAGCCUCUUCCGAGAAAAAUCAUGCAAAAACAAAUGAAAACUCUGACAGCUGUGAUAUCAAAGACCAGUCUUCCUGUAAUGAAAAUGGAUUGUUUUCCAAAACCAGUAACGAACAAGAUGACAGUGUUAACUCUCCCGAAGGAAAUAUUGACCUAGACGACCUGUCUAAAGAACUGGCAUCCGGCUCCCGAGAGUCGGACAGUUCAGAUAGUGAGAGUGAGAGUGACAAUGAGAACGUGAGUCGGGAGAUCGAGGAGGCCGUACAAGCCUUGCAGGAUGCUGAGCAGACGGACAUGGAGGACAUGCAGAGUGAUCUGAAUGACAUGGUGAAGAAAGAUGAUGAUGAGACAGAACAGCAGCGAGAGAGACACACUCCUGAUGACCUGCCUAUUCCUGAUCCUAGCCCUGCUCCCAUAGCCAUAGGAGGGGACGGUAUAUCAGAUACAAACAGUGAUGUUCCUGCCCCUCUAACACCCCAGGUCCCCACUCCAAGCAAGGAUCCUUCCACACCCGAGUGUAGUUUAUUGAAGUCUCAUCACCAAGAGGAGACUCCAAGCUUAGGACCAAAGACAGACAUACUGCUCGAGAGCAAGUCUGAUAGUAAACUUGAUGGAAUGAGAGUAUCUGGGUCCCCAGAGGACCCAGCUCAUGAAACGGAUGACGAUGACAUUCCUAGUGAUGAUAAUUUCCCAGAGGAUGAAAUUAACUCUCCUUCACUAUGUGGUGCAAGGAAUUUGGAAACUUGUUUGAGUAGUGAUAUUCAGGACAACUUUGAUCAAAUCACAAACACAAGUGCUAAUAAUUCAAUCCAGUCCAAUGAACAAAUGACUCCACAAAGUGUCAAUAACUGUGUAGAAAAUCCUCCCUCUGUCCCAUCAGUGAAGCAUUCACCCCUACCAACCACUUCACAGCAUCAACCAACGAUGGUUCAACAACCCCAUUUACAAAACCAGACUUGUAACAAUAUGCAGUCUGUUUUCACUCCACAACCAAAUGGCAUGAACAAUCUUCAACCGGGUUCCAACCUUGGCAGCACGUAUGGAGCGGUUGACAUUGAUGUUGUUACUCAGAUGGACUUAGAAUCUCCAACCUCCAUUAGCAGUAGUGAGCUGCAGAAUCCCAUCAGUUCUGGUACUGAUACAACUUGUGUUUCAAAUGUUCAACAAGCUCAGACUCUGAACAGCAUGCAGAACACUGCACCUGCUCUGAUUGGCAGCUUCUCUGACUGUGCACAACAGAUGCCCCAGCCCUACCAACAGGUGAACAUGAUGCAGGGUGCUCGGUAUAUGGACAUGGUAAACACGAGCUCCACUGGGUACAACAUGUCAAUGAUUCCACCCUCCACAAAUACCAUGCCUUACUGCUCCUCAUCUGCCAGUUCCUACACAUCGGUGUUGUUACAGCAAAACACUACACAGAGACUGACACACAGUGCCACUCCUUGUCCAAUACCUCAGGUUCCCAUCAACAGACAGAACAGUGCUCCAGCAGGCUACGCUGCCAACAGUUGUAGCCUGGCCAAACUCCAGCAACUGACCAAUGGUCUGUCCGACUUGAGUGGUAUGCCAGAUAAUCAGAUGACUCCUCCCCCCACAAUGACCCCACCUCCCCCUCACAUGACGCCAUCUCGUCAAAACCUUGCCACACCCCCAGUCCCUAACCUCCAAUCCCAGGCAGUCUCUGGUGCAGUCUCCCUGCAGCAGACUUACAAACAAUACCAGAGGCAGCGAGCCAACCCCCGCAAAAGUCCUAACAUUUCUGUGAAUCCCAAUAUGACUACAUUCACUCCCAAUGUGACGAUUCGCACCGGAUCAAACAUGAUAGUGGGCAAUUAUGGUAACUUCCAGGAUAUUUAUCGUAUGCAGCAACAAACAUUUAACCAGAGUUACAUGAAUCACCACGGCUUCAUUAAUUCUCGGCUACAGACCCCGCAGCUUCCUAUGCAGAUGUUCCCCAACAUGAACAUGAACGUCAACCCAGCCCAGCAACAUUUUCAGCAGCAUAUGCAGCCGCCUCAGUCCAACAACAUGUACACGUACGGCUACAUCAACGGUCAGCUAGGUCCCUCCCUCAAUAACGGGGUCAUGAGGAGGUAGUAGCUAGGGUCAUUUUGUGAUAUUAGGUGUAGUAUAUUAUCCCUAAUUUAUUUUUUUUGCCUUUAAUUAUAAAGCAGUUCUGUGAGAACAGAAAUGUUAACUAGUGUGUUGAUUUUAUUCCAAGUGACUUAUAAAUGAAAACUGCAGCAUCAUUUAACAUGUUUAAUUGUUCAAACAUGGAUGAGAUUUUUUUUUUCUGUUUUUAAAGGUGCAAUAAACAAUUACAUUUUAGUAAGUGGAACUUCAGUAUAAAGAUGCUUGUGUUUGUCUCUGUAACAUUACCUCAUUACCAACAGAUAAACAGAACUUGUAGGCACUGAUCACACUAAGACAGAUCUGGAAGACAGACACUUUUAGAAAUUCAUUGCCACAAAUGUUUAACAAAGAUUGUAAACAUAUAAAACCAUUGAAUUGACUAGGAAGAGAGCUGGUAUAACAGAUAUUCUUCCUUAUAAUGAGUAGGACUAGUUAUUUUGGGAAAUGAUGAAACAUGUAGUUGGUCCACUGAGUGCGUUGACUGUUUUAAUGUGGUGUAACUGGUGCUCCUCUCUCUUGGACAGAAUGAGUGACUGCAGUCACUAUUGUUCUUGUUUCUGGUCUUAUGUUAAGAUUUAGAAUGUUAAAAUAAGUCUGAAUGUAUGCCUAUUUCCAAAUGAAUAUUUUUGUUUUCAAUGGCCAGCUUAACCAACCAAACAACAACCAAUAUGUCUGUGGACAGACUGUUGUGUGUACUUAGUGUGGCAGGGGAUGGAAGGUUGUUAGUACAUAUAGUACUGUUGUUCAUAAAGACCCCCUUUUCAUCAAUAUUUAUCAUUAUCUACAUUUUGAAAUCACUGGUGAAUUCUAUUUUUUGUGCAGUUUGUACAUACUUUUCUUUCAUUUGGAAUGUGCAUUUAAUUAAAAUGAAUAAUAAAUUAUGAUUUUUUCUUUAA